AUGGACACGACCUUCAUCACAAUCCACGGCAAGUUUCCUCCAAAUCUCUCGCACGACGCCUCAAUCCGCUAUGCCUCGGAUAGCAUCCAGGUGGUGCUGGGCUAUCAGCCUCAUGAGGUGCUGAACCGCUCGUGUUGGGACUAUUUCCACCCGCAAGAACUUCCCUUUGCACGCAGCGUGCAUGGCCGCGGUGUGCGGCUGGACAAGGCUGCGGUGCUGAAUUAUUGUUCCAUUCGGCAUAAGAAUGGAUAUUGGGUCGGGUGUGAGUGUGUCUUUACUGUUGUCUAUGAUGUGUUGAUCGCAAGUACCACCGUCUAUGGACGAGGAAAGGGAACGCAAAAGCGCGCCGUGGAUGCUCCUAUCCCACUCCAUGAGCCACGCGCAGCUCUCUUCGUCAAUCGCUUUACGCGCACCGCAGCUAUCAUGUACGCCACCACCGGCGUGGAAGAGAUCCUCGGACUGAGCCCACACCAACUAGUCUCGAAGAGCUUCUUCUAUUGCAUCCAGGAGCACUGCCUGCGAGAUGCAGUUCUAUGUCUCGAGAGCGCGAAAGCAAACGACUCAGUCGCAUAUCUGCGCUUUUGGUUCCGUAAUCCCUUGCAAGAUAUAGAUAUGCCGGGGAACGAGGGUUUCGCCUCCGCGGGUGGACGUACAGAUCCAUCCGGUAACCCCUUGCCUUCGGUGGAGCUGGAGGCUGUCGCCUCUUGUACAUCGGAUGGACUCGUCGUCAUUCUGCGCCGUGCUCGGGCUCCCAUCCCUACCGCCGCGCUUCCACCACAGCCGGUCCCGGUAUAUUCCAGCGGCCUCUUCGCGGCACCCUGGGCUCUGGAGCCUGUUCUUUCCUACGGGCCAACCCCAUAUCCCCGACCGCCCACGACCGCCCACGUUGUCUAUCUGGCUCUGGCUCAGGCUCAGUUUCGGGCUCAGCAUCAGGUUCAGGAGUCGCAUCGAGCUCGGGUUCGGGCUUUGGAUCAAGCUCCAGCACCGGAUUUGCCUCGAGUGAGCGGCUCGGGAGACCCCCAGGCCCAUCAGCUUAUGGAUACUAUACGCGAAAUGGCGGUUUUCGCUUGGGGUAUUGUUGGUAUCAACCGUUCUUUGGAGCAGUAUAAAUGUGGGACUCCGUCUGGUGAUGCUCAGCCUGAGGAUCAGGCUAUGUAG